UGAAAGUUUUAUAGUUGUUGACAACAGCUAAAUAGGAAGGGUGAAAUAGUUAGCGAUUGUGAUCAGGAAGAUGGAGGGAGGAGGAUCGUCAAAUGGAAGGAAAGGGUAUGCGUGGGCAGUAUCUGCUGGAUUGAACGCCGCUCUUGCAGCCAUCUUCGCUAAGUUCACCUUUCACAUCUUGAUUAAGUACGGGUUCGUGGUAUUCUUCAAUGUAACCAUGUGGUGUUGUUAUGUCAACAGUCUCAAAGCUCUCUCUUCUCUUCAAGCUACUGUCACCAAUUUCGCUACCAAUUUUAUCUCUUCUGGUUUAGCCGGUUUCUUCUUCUUUCAUGAACAUCUCUCUUUCCAGUGGUUUGCAGGUGCCUCACUCAUAAUAGUUGGUGUAAUAAUACUUAGCAACUCAAGUAUUGAGAAGAAGGUUAGCGCUGAUUAGAAGUUGCACUUGAGUAUGUUACCUUUCAUGCUUGCUUGUUACCGGCCAAAGCUAGCAUCCGCAACUGCGUGAACAUGAACUUGUAACAUCAGGAAUGAUAUAGUUUGAUCUUCUGCUGAGCAGUUCACCACUUCACCUCACAUGAAACCUGCUGAACUAGUCGCUUCUUGCCUUUUGCCAAAUUAACAACUCUCUUAUUGUUUUAUCCAUUCAUUUAUGUGGUUCUGUGGUUUAAUGUAGUUGGUUUGAGAUGAAUGCCAAUAUUUAUUUACGUGGUUCUCUUAUUUAUUGUCUCUUUACUGUUAUGAUUUUAUGACAUUGGUCUGUUCAUGUGUUCUCUUUGGUUAUUUUCUCUGAUUUGAAUUGGACAGCUUUGGCGCAUUUUUUUAGUACAA